AAAGUAACCGCUGUGUAAUCUGUUUUUAUGUAUAUCAUUUUAAUUUCCAUGUUUAAGCAGAUACCUUAUUAAAAUGUCAUCCAAUAAAAAAGUUAGUCCCCGCAAGAAGAACCCAUCUGCCAUUAUAUCGAUCCUCUGUCCAGAUGCCGAUAAGCCGAAGAAGGAACAUAAGCCCAAGAAAGAAUCCGAGUCCGAUGGCCUUGAGGCCAAGGAAUGUCCCCGAACUAAAAACUUUAGGUCACCAGCAGACAGGCGAGUAUAUCUGGAACAGGAAGUGGUUCCCAUUCUAAUGGAGGGUAUGUUGGGACUGGCCCGCGAGAUGCCCCGCGAUCCCAUCGGUUAUCUGCAGAAGUUUUGGCUUGAAGACAAGCACAAGUGUGAUAUUCGAUUGCCGCAGAAUAUUCUUUAAUAACGUCUUUGGUACUACCCAAUCAAAUUUCAAAUUGUCAGCUAAUUAAAUGUUUCUGGUUUGAUGUUAAGGUUUA